AAUUGCACUCAUCGCAGCUCUAUAUUCUGCCAUCCUCAGCAGCAUGAUGGAGGAAUAUUUAAUAGGAUCAGUAUGGAGCCGGUCUGAGCCGCCCUGAUCUGCACCAGAGCCCGUUUGAGCGCAACGCAGCGCCGCCCUCCGCAUCGCGGAAGCACCAGCAGCAGCUCCGCCGCUUUUACGCUCGAGCGGCUCAGCCACUAUCAGGAAACUCAAACUCACAUCCACCCGCUCCCACGGACACACGCAUCUUUCCGCGGCAAGGUCACGGAGCCGGCAGACAUCGCGGAACGUGUACACAGACGUGUACAUUUCAUCUGAAAGUGAAAACUCAGUGUUAAGGUGGUCCAGUGAUGCCACCCCCCACCACAGGUGCUGCUGUGCCCCCACCGGACGGUGGGUGGGGGUGGGCUGUGGUGUUGGGAUCUUUCAUCUCCAUCGGCUUCUCCUAUGCCUUUCCCAAAGCCAUCACGGUGUUCUUCAAAGACAUCCAGAUCAUCUUUGAUGCCUCCUAUAGUCAGGUUGCGUGGAUCUCCUCCAUCAUGCUUGCAGUCAUGUAUGCUGCAGGUCCCAUCAGCAGCAUACUGGUCAACACAUAUGGCUGCAGACCCAUUGUCAUGAUGGGGGGCUGCUUGUGUGCCCUUGGCAUGAUCUCAGCAUCCUUCUGCACCAACGUGAUGCAGCUUUACAUCUGCAUCGGAGUCAUCGGAGGUCUUGGACUGGCCUUCAACCUGCAGCCAGCAUUGACGAUGAUAGGCAAAUAUUUCUUUAAGAAGCGCCCCAUUGCUAAUGGGUUAGCGAUGGCAGGCAGCCCAGUCUUCCUCAGCACUCUGGCACCUCUCAACCAAUACCUCUUUAAUCAGUUUGGAUGGAGAGGCAGCUUCCUGAUCCUGGGUGGGCUGCUGCUGAACUGCUGUGUGGCUGGUUCCCUCAUGAGGCCGCUUGGACCACAACCCAGCAAGGCCAAGAAGGAUGAAGCGCUAGCUGCCAUCACCACUACAACUGAAAAGCGAAGCCUCUGGCAGAUAGUCAACAAGUACUUGGACCUAACACUGUUCAAACAUCGUGGCUUCCUUAUUUACCUAUCAGGCAAUGUCAUAAUGUUCCUGGGUUUCUUUGCACCCAUUGUCUUCCUCGCCGCCUAUGCCAAAGACAUGGGUGUGGAUGAAUAUUCCGCUGCCUUCCUGCUCUCAAUCUUGGCUUUUGUUGAUAUGUUUGCCAGGCCCUCCAUGGGUCUUCUGGCAAACUCUCGCUGGGUCCGCCCCAAGAUCCAGUACUUUUUCAGCUUUGCUGUCCUGUACAAUGGAGUGUGCCAUAUACUUUGUCCACUAGUGGAAAGCUACACUGGCUUGGUAGUGUAUUCAGUAUUCUUUGGCUUUGCUUUUGGCAUGGUGAGCUCAGUAUUGUUUGAGACAUUGAUGGACCUGGUUGGAGCUCCAAGGUUCUCCAGUGCUGUGGGCCUCACUACAAUUGUAGAGUGCUGCCCUGUCCUCAUUGGUCCACCAUUAGCAGGGAAACUGGUAGACAUCACUAAAAAUUACAAGUACAUGUACUUCUGCUGUGGUGGUGUUGUCAUCCUGGCGGGUAUUUGGCUUUUUAUUGGAAACUUCAUUAACUACAGACUCUUGGAACGUGAGCGCAAGCAGGCAGAGAUGUACAAACGGACUGAGACCGAAGAUCCUGAUCGAGUUCAGGAUGAGAAGGAGGCUGAUGGUGUAGGUCAAGCCUUUGAGGAACUGAUCAACGAAAACCAAAAAGACGGAGAGCCCAUGCAGAGAGAGACCAACAUUUAAAAUGUUCUGCACUGCCAACAGUUCACCUUUCACCCCAGCUGCAGCCGUUCAACACCAUCAAGUAUUCAUCAAACUGGGCUCCAAGCUAAGAGGCGCCUCUCACUGUUCAACCACACUCUGGUUCAGGCGCUCCUCGGUACUACUCCUAAAUAACUGCCAAAGCAACUGUUGCGUUGUAGGAAAGGUGAGGUAUAGUAUCUGUUUGUUGGAGAGUAUUAGCUGUAACUACAACUGAAAUAUUAACAAGAACGGUCCACGUGAAAAGCUAAUAGUCUAAAACGUCCCUGCCACAAUCAUUUUAAAUAAGCAGGAUCUCUUGGGGACACUGUAGGCAUGCUGCUGCUUUUAUGUACCUAAAAAGGUACCUCUACUUGAUUGUUUUUUUUAUUCACAUAAACAAAUAUGUCUGUUUCAGUGUGCAGCGAUAUAGAAAAUAUCUCCGUCUUAUUAAAUUGAGCAGCUUACUAUAAAAACGUAUUUUGAGAAUGUUUGGGAGUCAGAGAUCAUAUCCAAGUUUGCACUCCAACUGAGUGAAUAUAUUUGAAUUCACUUUGAAUCAUUUUGAAAAAAAAACCAAAAAACAACAUAAUCUGCUGUUGGAUUUCAGACUUAAUUUUACUUCAUAUUCCAACUUCCAAAGAUCCAAAGCUACAUAUGUUAAUCGGUCAUUCAGGUUUCAUCUGGUUUUCAAUAUGAAGAAAAUACGAGUACGAUACUUUCUACUGUUUGAACACACAUCAGAAAAUGUUAUCCAAAUGUUCUAAUUGAGUAAAUCAAGCAGAGGCCUGGUUAUGGAAAAUUACUGAGUCUCUGUAUGUUCUGAAACCAUUUUUUUCACUGAAAGACCUCUGAUGUACCUCUGAGUGUUUCAGUGAUGAGUUCUUGAUCAAUGUAUGUCUUUUUUUUUCACUAUACGUUAUUGCUCAGCCUAACAUCACACAUCACUUGAUGAAACUGGUGGCACACAGUUGCCUUGUCCAUGAAGAUGUCAAACACCUCUGCACUCAAAGCAACCUUCUACAGAACAAGGGAUGUUGAAAAUACACAAUGAAGAACUAAUUUACUGUAGUUUGUUGCAUCACUGCUACAAGAAUUUGCUAUUCCCAUCUUUGUGUUUGCACCAUGACUAACUUAGGCCCUUUCCACAUGACAGAGAUAGGGACUUGUAUUUUUAACUUAGACUUUAGUCUUGAAAACAAAGACUUGACUUGAAUUAUGCACUCUGAACACUUGAGCCUUGACUUAAACUCGAGGUCUGGGACUCGGGUCUCAUGACAAACCUUACUCUAAUGCAUCAUGCGUGAAAAUAAGUUAUGGUGACACUACGCAAAGAUGAUUUGAAGGAACGAUAAUAUUGUAGCAACAAAACGUCGUUUUAGGUUUUCUAAACCUUUCUUGUUACGGUCGCCAUUAAAUGCUAAAUGUGUGAAAAACAUAGAGGAAGAAAUGGUCAGAGAUAAAAGUAGCUGCAGCAGCCUUUUCUUUUUUGAUGUUGUAAAUGUGGACAGUAUUGUGGACAGUAUUGUCACCUACUGGCCUGGCAUGGAUAUUUCAGAAUUUGUUAAAACUAGUGGUCUAGAUAAAGUUUUGUUUCACAAUAUUUUGCAAGUGGAAUUACCAAUAGUAAUGAAAACUAACAGAAUAAAGCUUAAUCUGACUGGGUUCCUGGAUUAUUAUAGUCAAGCUUUGUUAAAAGAGUUAGGAAGCUCUUUUUAUUAUGCCCAACUUCUAUAAAUACAGAACAGAUGUGGUCACAGCUGGUGAUGCUGGUAUCCAUAUAUAUUGCUGCCCGCCUGAGCACCGUAAAGCUGUGUUGUAAGAACCUGUGCAAACUUUUGAUCAAAUCAUAAAAAAUGCUGCAUUAAAUGUCUUGGGUACAAUAGUCCCACAAUCAUAUCAGGUAUGCUGUACUAAAUGUCAAAUUACCACACUUGACCCCUGACAUUGUUCUAAAACUUAAUUUAAUUACUGUUGAAUGUAAUUUCCUCUGUGGGCCUUAAUAAGGUAUUAAUGACCAAACCCAUCUACAGAGCCCAUGAACAAUACACUCUCUCAGAUAUUAAUAUACAGGGAAAUGUGUAUCUAGUCGCAGUCCAGUUUGUGAUACAUCGCCUUAAAUCUAAAUGCAGUGUAAUGAUUGCAGGGUAGUUAUACAGUUAAUACUUGAUAGAACAAUAUAAAAAGGAUAAAGUCUGUUAAACGUGAGACUUUUUCUGCUGUGAUAAAGUAAAAAUUCACAUAAAAUAAUCUGUUCCAUUUGUCUCCUCACAUAUCUGCAUUAGAAUGUGAAAUCUUUAAGUGAUUGUUUUCUGUGUCUUGUUGUUUCCAUCAAUCAACUAACUAACCAUAUCCAUUCCAGGAUGUUAAAUAUACGAAGGAUUAUUCUACUAACUAGAAAUGCUAAUCCAUCCACAUAUACUGUAUGGUGUGCGCUCAAAUAUACAGCAUGUUUUACCUUUCUUUUCAAAAAAUUGUCAAAGUGCCCAUUUCAAUAUGGGUCACUGCCUAGGGUGUCCUCCUGUAAAGGGGGGCACAAGCACGUGGGAAAAGAAAGUCACUGGCAGUUUAACCCACACAUUUUCUAUUGCUUAGCUGCAUGUUCAGUCAUGGGGUAAUAGACACCCUCUUGUGUUGUGCACAGUGUAAGCAUUGUGAGUAUGACAAUAAACCACAGGUGGCAAGUAAUUAUAUAUUUAUCUCUGAUUCAUAGCUUUUAAUUUGGCACAAACCUAAAAGUGUGUUUCUGUGUUUUUAAGGAAGCUGGACAGCAUUUGAUCCUCUCUAACCCAAAGUCUAAAAUACUUAAAAUCAAUAAAUCUGAAGGUCAUUAUAUUCAUUUGAAAAAUUACAACAAAAUGUUUACUCUAUAUAUAGAAAAUGUUGUGAAUUUUUGGACGGUGGGGUGGCUAAUGGGUUGUAUUCGGAUCCGCCUGGGGCACUAUUCAUGCAAGAAUGACCAAAAAUAUCACAUUCAGAAUAAAAAGCCAAACACAUUUUAAUUUCAAAUUGAGUUUACGAAAGAGAUUAUGAACAAACGGGGGAAAAAACGCCAUUGUCUUUGUCUUUCCCUUGCUUUCAGCAGUAACAGGUGUACCGCGAAUCAUGAAAAAACAUGUCCAUCUGUGUUGCACACUUUGAACCACAUUCUGUCUUUGCGCAAGAGUCGAGAUAACGCUCAGAUUAAUCUGAACUGACCUGAUCAGAUUAAUCAGCCACUGCUGUAUAGGGAAGUGAUGGCUAUUGGUUUAAGAACAACUGCAGUCCUAUUUAUUGUUUGAGCCACUAUGUUGACUGAGUAUGACUUGGUCUUAUUUAUACAAAGUUAUAUAAAAAAAUACAAUAUUGUUGAAAUGUGUAUUUAUUCUACGAAUUAAAUUGAAAAAGUGAAACUUAUACGUGGAUCUAUAGUAUGCAGACAGAUGUAUUUCAAGUGUCUUUUGUUAAUUUUAGUUGUUACAGUGUGCAGUUACUGAAAACUGAAAAUUCAGUUUCUCAGAAAAUCAGAAUAUUACUUAAGGCCAAUCUAAGGUUGAGUGGAAUGAAAAAGCCUGGUAGAAAAACUUGCUAAGAGGGUGACGAGACAUUAGAUGUUAAAAUGUAGAUGAGCACUAUUAAAGCUACCUGGCUUUUCUUUGACACCCCAGCAGUGCCUCCAGUUGAUCACCUCCAUGCACAAUGCCGGCACAAUGAUAGUAGCAGUAGUAAUUCAUCAUAAAGGAGCUGCAGCCAAGUACUGAACAACAGUCUCAUCUUUUUUGACUUAGCCCAGGUGAUACGCUUCUGAAAUUGUCCAGUUCAGGAAUGGCUUAACACAUGGAAUGUGACAGUUGUUGUCCAUAUCCACAAUAUGUCUGUGUGUUGUGGCUCCUAAAGCAAUACGGCCACACAAUCCAGAACUUGUGAAUUUCAAUCAAACUCCUGAAUGGGCUUUGCUUCACAGCUUCUCAAGAUUGUUGAAUACUUUUUUCUACCUCUCUUUUUUCCUUCAACUCAACUUUCUGUUUCUUGGUUACCACAUGAACAGCCAGCAAUGACUUUUUGUGACCUAAAAUCUGCACUUAUGAAUCAGUCUGUUUAAAUGAAUCUAUAGAAUAAAGUUUCAGCUUUUGAUUUGAAUUAUUUAAUUAUGUACAUUUUUCAGUUAAAUUCCAACCUUUAAAAAAUAUUACUCUUUUUUUUUUUUUAACUCAGUGUCCAUUAAGAUUGUCAAUGAAUAAAACUCCGUCUGUGCAGGUCACUCUCUACCAGAUAACACUGCCCCCUGCUGGUGUCAGACCAUUUAAACUUGAUUUGAAAUAACAUUUUUGUACAUUCCAGAGAUUUUUGUUCCAUGAUAUAAACUGGAUUGUAAUCCAUUAUUGUAACAAUUUAACAUGUUAUCCAUUAAAACAGAACAAAGAGGAAUACCAAUGAAA